UGCAGCUAUACUUCGGCAUGUGCUUCUCGGAAAAACCCAGCGGUUGCUCCGAUAUUGAGCAAGCGGGGGUGACUGUGGCAGAUGGUCAAGGUUCACGAGUCAAGUUGCGACUUCUCUGGAUAGGAAUAUUUUCCAUGUGUGUCACAUGUAAUAUUGCGAUGUUUGUUUGGAUCAGAAGCAUAGAAAAUAAAGUGAAUGCGCAAAUUAGUCAAAAACUAUCGAAAAUGCAUAACGUCCCUAAUUUUCUUGCUAAGUAUGAUGAUGAGAAUGAUGAUAAUGAAGAUUAUCCAGCCAGUGUUAAUUUGGUUGUGAGAGCAUUGGCGGAGGGUAAUGUCCAGGGCAAAGACAAGGGCAAAGAAAAUGGCAAAAAGAAGGGCAAGAAAAGAAAUCGAAAACGUCAUAAAAAGGGCAAGAGAGGGUGUCAAUGUUCUGAUCUCUUAAAGAAAUUAAAAAGCAAGAGAGAUGUGUCAGGUCAACCGUCGCAUAUAUUAACAUACAUGAGAGGAAUGAAGUAUACUAAUAAUAUAGCAUACCCCUUCAAUAACGAGGGCAUAUUUUUGUGGCAGAAACCAGACAGAGAAUUAGGAAAUUAUUUUCAGUAUAAUGACGAAUCUACUGGUAUUGUUAAGGCUAUUUUAAUAGGGAUCUCGGGUACAUACGAGUUAAACACACAAGUUACGUUGGGAGGCCAUUCAGCAAGUGUUGAUAUGGUUGAAUGUGGUGUGGAACUGAUCAAAUCAAGAGGAGGAAUUAUAACGAAACUAGCCCGUAGCGUCCUUACUCAAACCCAGAAGGCGAGCUAUGGUCAAAGCGGUAAUAUAGAUGUACUAGACAACGUGAAGGUUGGAGGUAUAUUUUACUUAGCAGCUGGUGAUGAAGUGCCCUUACACCAUAGAGAUCAACAAUUGCGUUUGGUUGUGAAUACAGAAAGUGGUUAA